CAUAGUUCUCUUUGUCAGGCACACAGUAGUGGACCUAAGGAUGGCAAUUUUCUCUGCGACCCGCGAAGCUUCACGGAGAUCCCCGCCACGGGGAUGGAGAUUCUCAGACUAUUCUUACCCGUGGGAUGGGGAUUGAGGCAAUUUUUGACCCGUGAAAUUUUGUGGGGAAUUUUCUCCACUUCGUGGGGAACUCCCACUGUGAAGUUUGAAUCGGUGCUUCCGGCUUCCCUUCAACUCUCACUUCUCACCGUGCAACUCACUGCAGCCCUUGGCCCUUGCUGCCCUGCAACUCACCGCUCACCUCUACUUCCCUUCAGCUUUUACCUCUCACCGUGCAACUCACCACAGCCCUUGGCCCUUGCUGCCCUGCAACUCACCGCUCACCUCCAACUGAGCUCCAAGACUGCUGCUGGGUCGUCUCAGCCAGCCUCUCACCGUGGCACCCUACCAUCAGCCCGUCACUGCAAGUCAGCACCGCUCACCUCCAGCUCCUCCAAGGCUGGGUCUUCUGACAAUAAUGGGAAUUUCUUCAAUUUAUUUGAGGAGUUGGAGGAGAAUGAUAAUGAGGAUGAUGAGUUUGAGGACGUUAUUUCCUCAACGUGAAAUUAUUGAUCAAGUCUAGCUCAAGUUGCAGCUGUAGAGUUUGCUUUGCUGGAUUGGAUGGAUAUGUAUGCAUCUACCACUUCUUAGACUCUUUUAUGUGCUUUUUCUUAAUGAAGUAAUUGCUGGACAUGUUGGCAGCAGCUUAUGCUUUUUUUUUUUCUAUCAACUUUGCUGAAUUUAGAUAUAUAUGACAGUUACAAUUUAUGCUUUUAUUUGUUAUAAACCUUUUGUUGGAUUUGUUGGAUUUGCUAGAUUUAUAUGGCAGUUUAUGCAUUUUUUCUUUAUGAAAUAUGAACUUGUUGCUGGCUUGCUUGCUGGACUUGCUUGAUAAUGACAUGUAUAUAUUGUUGGACUUGCUUGUUCAAAACUUCAUGUAUAUAUGUACUAAACUGGAAUUUAAUCC